GAAUGCCGGCGUGGAUAGAGGUCUACGGAGAAGAAGCGAGAAGUUUAGCAAUUAAAGUGGCAAAGGCUGACAACAUCACUUGAGGAAAAUGACCUCCAAGUGUCCUAGAUGCGAGAAACCUGUCUUUUUUGCUGAAAAAGUGAGCUCCUUGGGGAAGAACUGGCAUCGAUUCUGUCUGAAAUGUGAACGCUGUAACAAGACCCUGUCUGCCGGAGGACAUGCGGAGCAUGAAGGAACUCCCUACUGUCACAAACCAUGCUAUGCGACCCUCUUUGGACCGAAAGGCGUAAAUAUCGGAGGGGCAGGUUCCUACAUCUAUGAUAGCCCGCCACCCACACCGGUCAACAAAUCGGCAGACAAUGCCUCAGACGGGUCUCCCACCACCCCCUGGACCUCAUCCCAGAUGACCAAACCACAGUCCAAAGCUGCCCCCACCUAUGUGAAAACCUUUGCAGGAGAGACAUCACUUUGCCCUGGAUGUGGAAAGGUUGUGUAUUUUGCGGAAAAGGUAACGUCUCUGGGAAGAAACUGGCACCGACCAUGCCUGCGCUGUGAAAGGUGUAAGAAAACGCUGACCCCUGGUGGACAUGCGGAGCACGAGGGGAGACCAUACUGCCAUGUGCCAUGUUAUGGAUACCUAUUUGGACCAAAGGGGGUGAACAUUGGAGAUGUUGGGUGCUACGUCUAUGAAAAAGACAAAGAGCAAAUGGAAAUUUCAAGUCAAUCUUAACAAGAUGAUUAUGGUCCAGUUGAAAGAAGAUGGCAAAAUGGAAACUAGUUACUGCUGUGGCAUUGCUUGUGUCAAACACUUGGAUGUACUUCAUAUGUUGCUAUUUACUUAAUGUAAUGAUAUGCUUGUGUCACUAGUAAAGGUAUGUCUAAAUUGAUACUUGGUUAAGAGGCAUUUAAAGUUGUGUAGCACUUUGCUUACUAUGU